AUGCACAAGAGGGGAGCCGCGGAGGGGCGAGCCGCGGGGGGCGCUGGCGGACAUCGGCUGCUGGCACGGGCAGCCCCGGCCGCUCAGCCCGGGGACACCGCGCGCGCCGGCUCGGAGAGCCCGGAGGGGUCCCCGAGCUCCGGCCGGGGUGGGCGGCCCUCUGUGGGUCCACAGGCCCAGAGCGGAAGGGGCCUGGAGCCCGGACGGCACCCGGGCCUCGGCGCCCCAGGGCCCGCCCCGGGGGAGGGGCCUCCGCCACCUCAGACCGGUGCUGACCCCAAGGCAAAGAGCUUGGGCCCUGGAGCCCGGGAGAGGACGCAGGCCCCGCUGGACCCCGGGAUGCCACAGGACGGCCAGCUCGAGCUGGAGGAGGCUGGACACGCGCGGUCAUGCCAGGCUGGACAGCCAGAGGGGUCUGAAAAGGGGGGGACAACACCCCUGUGCCGCUGUGUUGGGCCGUGCACGACGGAGCCCCAGGCACAGACGGCUCAGGACCUGGUGGGGGAUGACAAGACACGACCCGUGGAGAGCCCCUGCCCACACAGAGCCGAGGGCCAGGAGCAACCACCCGGGCCACGCGGACAGCAGGCGAGCAGCCCGGCUCCAGGUGACAGCCCCCAGGCCAGCACGUGUCCAGCCACUGCAGGGAAGCUCCAGAGUCCUGGCAGCCUGGCCGUGCAAGAGCAGGCCCCGGGACAGGAACCGGCCAGCAGGACGGCACUCCAGACACAGGGACAAGAGCCGGCCAGCAGGACGGCCCUCCAGACACAGGGACGAGAGCCGGCCAGCAGGACGGGCCCCCGGACACAGGGACAAGAGCCGGCCAGCAGGACGGCCCUCCAGACACAGGGACAAGAGCCGGCCAGCAGGACGGGCCCCCAGACACAGGGACAAGAGCCGGCCAGCAGGACGGGCCCCCAGACACAGGGACAAGAGCCGGCCAGCAGGACGGGCCCCCAGACACAGACACAGCCUGAAUACAGACCCCCAGAGUUAGAGAGCAGGACAGCCCCCGGUGCCCAGUGCCCACCCGGAGGAAGCCCAUGCCCAGGGCACCUCAGGGCCUCCGCCCGGCCUGUGUCUGAGGCCAGGGGCCAGCCCGCCCAGGCCCCAGCCACCGAGGGGCUCCCUGGCACCCCAGAGGCGGAGAAGGACUCGCUGGGUGGAGAGCCUCACCGGAAGUCUCUGCCCCAUGCUAAGUACAGAGCCCAGAGCUUCAGCAACCAGAGAGCCUUUGACCUGUCCUUCAGACCUACCAUCCUCCGCGCCACAGACACCUUUGCACCCCCCAAAUGA